UCUCUGUGGGCGUUUUGCAUAUGUUAAUGAGCGUGUGUUCAGGCUCCGCCCCCGAGCGCAGGGCUUUAUAAGCGGAGCGCGGCGUGUCUCUGCGUCUCUGGAGUUCUGAACGCGUUGGAGGCGCACAUCGAUUCAUCCGCUACUGCGACAUCACAGAUCAGAAUGUCUGACGAAGGGAAGCUGUUUAUCGGAGGUCUGAGUUUCGAUACCACCGAACAGUCGCUAGAGGACGCCUUCUCCAAAUAUGGCGUCAUCACCAACGUUCACGUGGCCCGAAACAGAGAAACCAACAAAUCCAGAGGCUUCGGAUUCGUGACCUUUGAGAACCCAGACGAUGCUAAAGAUGCACUUGAAGGAAUGAAUGGAAAGUCUGUUGAUGGCCGGACGAUCCGUGUGGAUGAGGCCGGUAAGGGCGGCGGUGGCCGAUCUGGUGGCGGAUCCUACAGAGGUGGUGGAGGACGUGGAGGCGGAGGUGGUUUCUUCAGAGGAGGCCGAGGAAGAGGAGGCCCAAGAGGCGGUGGCGGAUAUGGCGGCGGUGACCGUGGUUAUGGAGGCGGAGACCGUAGUUACGGCGGUGACCGAAGCUACAGCAGCGGUGGAUAUAAGAGCGGAGGAGGUGGCGGUUACUCCUCUGGAGGAGGCAGUGGCUACAACAGAGACAGGGGUUCUAGUUACGGUGAUCGCAGCAGCUCUUACAGAGACGGCUAUGAUAGCUAUGCUGUACACGAGUAAAACCCAAGACCCGACGCGUCAGCGGCCGAGCGUUUCUAAAGACUCAUGGAUCUGUUCUUGGAUUUUGUUGUAGCUGUUCUCCCUGUUUCUGUUCUGUUCUUGUACUCUGAGGGAAAGGCCGCUUUGUUCGCCGGCCGAGAAACGAAUAUGUUGAUGUUACACGGGAAGAGUGCCCGCUCUUCUGCCUCAUUUGAAACCUUUAAGUCAUCAGCCCGAGCCUCGCUGUCAUGUUGGCGCUCACCCGCGCUUCUACGGGGAGCGUGGAGAGCGCUGGCUCUCCUCUGUUUAUGUUAGCGAUGCGCAGCCGCUGUCAUUUAACGAGCACGGCUCCUUCUGUUAGCUGUAAGCCAAUGAUUUGUCCAUGUCCAGUAUCCAAAAAGUCAAUUCCUUUCAGACUGGUGAGCUGCGCAGUGGACGGCCGGCACUGGCGCUGCGGUUCUUGAGCCUUGCUGAGGUAUCCGUCUGUCUGUCUCUGCUCCUCGCAUCCUGCAUUUUAACGAUGGACUCUUGACUAAUAUAUAAAUCUCUAUAUCUAUCGAUCAUUUACUUGAAAGAGAACCAGAAAUUGUUAACAGUACACUCCAGAACUGAGAAAGAAAUCCUUGUGCUCUUGUUUCCUUUGUAUCAAAAUUUGACUCACUAUUUUGUUUUUAUUCUUUUAUUUUUAUUAUUUUUUUGCUCUUCAAUUGUGGCUUCAUGGAGCCUAUUAAAUGAAACCAUUUGUUCAAAUGCUUUGAAUUCUGUUGUGCCUUUAAAAAAAAAAAAAAAAUCUACAAGAUGGGUAAAAAAAAAAAUGUGAGGAAUCUCACCAUUAUAUGCACAUUUCACUAUAUGACAUUUAUUAUCAGGAAAAUUGCAUUAAAUUAGAGCUUUUUUUUUUUUUAAAUGUAUAUAAAUUUAGCACAUGCACUCACUCUGAUUACUGUAUCUUGAUUUUUGCUUUAUAGCUGCAGUUAAAUAGUUCAGAAUAAACUAAGUGUAACUAAAGUUUAUAAACUUAAUUGAUUUGAGAAGCUCUUUUUGAAUGUUCUUGACGGGAUAGUUCACUUACCAAAAAAAAAAAAAACAAAAAAACUUAUUUUCAUUUUCAGUUAAUUGUUCCCAAUCAUGCAAUUCCAAACCUGACUGAAGAAUGUUUGAAUUGAUUUCCAUUAUAUGGACAAAAAUACAGUGGCGCUCAAUAGGAACCAAAACUGUUUGGUUUGCUUUCUAGUUUUCCAUUUGGCUUUGUUUAAAUGUGACCUGCAUGUGUUCUCGACUGAUUUUAUGAGAUCAGUCUCUGAAAAAUUAAGAGAUUGCCUUUAGCAUUAUCUGAUGUUUCCAAUGAGAGUAAAUAGAGGUUUAAUGUUUAAAGAUUUUUAAUGUCACAUUACCUUCAUGCUUUAUAUAGUUGUAAAAGUGCCAGUACUUCAGUUAACACACAAGCAUGAAGAACAGCAGAACUUCUGCAUUGAGCUCCUGAAGGAACCAAGAGUUUGUUUGCCUUAAAGACUAAUUGGGUUUGUUACUAAAGUUUUACACCAUGCAAUUCGCAGCAAACUAAAUGGAGGCUAAAUAUUAGUGUUUCCUGUUGCACGACUGCCUGUUUUCUCAAUGUUAACGUCAUGUGAAGGACUGAAUUUGGACCCCAAAUUUAAUGGUCAAUGGUAAAAGGGAAUAACUAUAACCAGUCCAGCACCUGACCUGCUAGUUAGUUGAAUAGAGUUAAUUUUGAGUGUGUUUCACCCAAACAAUGCUUGAUUGAACCCAAGCGCUCCGGAUGGGUUUCCUCAAACACGUCCUUGGAGCUUGAAGCGUUGCAUCUACCGAAGUGAAUCCUGACUCUGGCUGCUCUGUUCGUUAGCCUGUGUGCGUGAGGUAACCAAACUUUGCUCUCCUGUUCACUUCUUAAACUCAGUUUAAGUAUUUGUUGCUCUGACACUGAGAUGCUCCACAGCACAGAUCUUAAAGUUCUCUCAGAUGCGUCUGCAUGGUGUCGUAGCUCCUCAGAUCUCCAGCUGACGGAUGUCAGACACUGAGAGUUAAAGUCCCACUCCAAUCUGCUCAUGCAUUGCCAAACAAAACCUUAAAUUAAUGUUCUCUGAUUGACUCUCAACGUCCCACCAACACAUUGACUUUCAAUGUAGUUCAAUUUGAGAAACGCCAAAUUACAGCGGUCGACAUUUGAAGUGAAUCGAAACAUUUCAGAGUUUUACUUUGAACUUUUUUGAUCCGCUUCAAAUGUGGACUGCUCCAGUUCUGAGUUUAGUGUGUUUGACCAAAGCAACUGUAACUGUGAUUAUCUGCGAUUCCUGCUUUCGGGUGUUUAAUGUUCUUUCUUUGGUUUUGUUCAGGAUGAGCUUCCACCGGAAACCGUCUGAUGUUUGAAGAAGGUCGAGGUCUGAUGAACCAUGUUUGUCCCUCUGACAGUGAAGCGUGAGCUGUAGGUGAUGGACGAUGGACUGAAGAUGAGAGCUGAAGUGUAAUUAAUGGAACGGCAGAUGGUCAUUUUAUGACCUGCAGCAUCCAAAGAGCAUUUCUUCUGUGGUUUAUCCACAUCCGUAACACUGGAGUUGUAUUAAAACUCUGUGCCGCAUUUGAUUUUGCUGGUCAAAAAUGACUGGCCUUCUAGAACCUGACUGUAAAAGUCUACCAAAUAUUGGAUUUGGCUGGUUUAACAGCAACCUUCCUUUAACAUUACCUAAUGCAUUAACAAUGAGCCAACAGUAUUUAUGAAUCAUUGUUAGUGUUAGUUAAUAAAAACACACCAAUUGAUUGUUAGCUCAGGUUUAUUAAAUAAAAUUUGCAGAUGCAAGUUUUGAUUUUAAAAAUGCAUUAGUACCUGUUGAAUAACAGGAAGUGUUCAUGUAAAUUGUUCAUUAGUUCAGGUAAACUUGGCUGUGCUAAGGAAGUUUAUUGUAAAGUGUUUACUGUGUCUCACUUGUCUGAACGUAUUCUCAGUUUGUGAGUAAAACUUUGUGUGGAUAAUUUUGACAAUAAAACGAGCAAUCACA